GGUCAGAGCCUGGGCUGGCCUCUGGGCUCCUUCAGGUCUACUCUUGGCAUCUGCCCUGGUUGGCGAUACGUUACCAACGUCUGGCCUGUCCCAGGCCCAAGGCUCUGCGUGGCGACCGGGCCCAGCACAGGGAGGCUGUGCAGAGCGUGGAGUUUACUCCUUAUUGGUACCCUGCAGAGGUCGGCAACAUCUGACCCGCUCUACAGGCAGGAAACAGGCUCGGAGGCAUUGGGAAAACGACCAAGGCCACUUGGCUGGACACUGGCGGAGCUCCUCACUCAAACCUGUCGGGCUUCAACUCCGUGCCAGGCGCACAACUCCGUGCCAGGCCGUCAACUUGCCCUGGGCAGUUCUGGCUGGGGGAUGAGGGGGAUGGGGAGCAGGAAGAGAGCAGCAAGGAUGCUAUCCAGAAGGACUUUCCUCUUCAGACCGCUCCAUGUCAUUGUGGGGCUGGUAGCUGAGGAGUUCGAGACCGUGCUCAGCACUGCGUUUGGGGCAUGUGGGACCGAGAGGCUUGGGGAAACUGAGGCCGCUGUGAGAACGACAGUUUAGCAGCGACUAUAGACCCUGCGAGCUUGUGGCCACAAGAGGGCGUCCGGGAGUACGACGCAGUCCCCGCCCCCGUUGGUUAGGGCCCGACCUCUUCCCGAGUUUCUCCUCCGGCCCCGUCCACUGCCAGCACUCGCCUGCCUCCCUUCUGCUCGAGUCCACGCAGCUCCCCAGGCCCUACACCAGCACAGCAGCGGCAGGCAUGGCGGCAAGCGUGGAGCAGCGUGAGGGCACCAUUCAGGUGCAGGGCCAGGGUCUCUUCUUCCGAGAGGCCCGGCCUGGCAUCGGGCAGGCUCGCUUCUCUGUACUGCUGCUGCAUGGUAUCCGCUUCUCCUCCGAGACCUGGCAGAACCUGGGUACACUGCGCAGGCUGGCCCAGGCUGGCUACCAGGCUGUGGCCAUUGACCUCCCAGGUCUGGGGCACUCCAAGGAAGCAGCAGCCCCUGCCCCUAUUGGGGAGCUGGCUCCUGGGAGCUUCUUGGCAGCUGUGGUGGAUGCCUUGGAGCUGGGCUCCCCAGUUGUGAUCAGUCCGUCACUGAGUGGCAUGUACUCCCUGCCCUUCCUGACGGCCCCUGGCUCCCAGCUCCGGGGCUAUGUGCCAGUGGCCCCCAUCUGCACUGACAAAAUCAAUGCUGCCAACUAUGCCAGUGUGAAGACUCCGGCUCUGAUUGUAUAUGGAGACCAGGACCCCAUGGGUCAGACCAGCUUUGAGCACCUGAAGCACCUGCCCAACCACCGAGUGCUGAUCAUGAAGGGGGCGGGGCACCCCUGUUACCUGGACAAACCGGAGGAGUGGCAUACGGGGCUGCUAGACUUCCUGCAGGGGCUGGAGUGAAGCACAGCACUGCUGCAGGGGGUGGGCUGCUUGCCUGCUCUGAUCUCUCUCUCUCUUCUCUCUCUCUUUCACACACACACACCACACGCCCUCUCUUCUCUCAUGGGCUCUGGCCCAUGCACAUGCAACAGGUGCGUCUGUCUAUAUGUCUGGGUUCUUGUCUUUUGUAGUCUGUUUGUCUUUUCUGUUUCUUUCUUUUGCAGUAAUAGACUGAGGAGGUAAAAUCAAGAGAAAGAAACCUCAGGAAUCAAGGAACAUAAUCCGGUGGAGGGUAAUCCUUUAGCUAUGCUUCUCCUAUUCUUCCACUUUCCUGCCUAGCUUUUACUCCUUCCUCUGCCCUUCCCAGCCUUCCCCUGCCACCCCUCCUCCUUCUGCAAAUGCCCUGCAGGCCAGCCGUUCCCCCAACACCCACUUCCCCACAUACAUACAUGCCCACAUGCACGCUUACAUGUUUAGAGCCAUCCAUGUUCCCCAAUAUGACCCUUCGCUUGAGAGCAGCUGCAUAGGUACAUGUAACUCUGGACCCACAUGCACCUUCUCAUGUGCAGCUGUGCAUAUAUACACAUGCAUACUUGAGGGGGUGUUUCCGUAGUGUAGUGGUUAUCACGUUCGCCUAACACAUGCAUACUUGAGCCUCCAAAGAAGCACUUGCACACAUGAGCACUUCUAACCAUGGCUGGGGAGGUGGGGACCCCAUGGGUCAGCCCUUGCAGGAGACCCUUUUGAAAGGCUUAGGGUGUGGCCAGCCCUGAAAGCUACUCAGCCACAGGUUUCAGCUGGCCCCAGGCCAGAAGUGGCCCCCAGAAAGGGAGGGCCACCGCUCUGUCCCCUUGCUUUUACCCUUCCUUCUGGGUGCUCUGCAUCUCCCCAAGCUACCAAGCCUGAGGCUUCUCAGCGAAGCUUGAUUCCUGCUCUGAGGCUUGAGGGGUGGGAGCCAGAGUGGAGGUCGGUGAAAUAAAGUGAUGCAAUUAGA